CAGGUUUCCUCUCGGCUUGUUCUGCAGCUGCUCCGCAACACCGACCGGUCCUCAGCUGCAGAUCCGUGAAGGUCACAUGACGGUGUUGUGGGUAUAUUACUCCACAUGUGUGAGUGGGCUCCUCACUGCGGAGCUGCAGGACUCUCACAGACUCUGGAUCAGCCUCAGUGUCUCUGGUUGUGAAUGACUGUGUGACAGCUGCUCGACUGGAGGAGCGGGAGGAAGCUGGAGCUGCAGCGAACACACCAAACUUCUGCUGGGGGGGAAAUUAUGAGAAACGUGGAGCUGUGAUUUUUUUUUUUUUUUUAAACUUUUUAAUUCCUCAUCCAUUUGACAGCAGACCAGGGGCGGAGAUGGAGAACAAGGCCAUGUACCUGAGCACAUACGAGGAGAGAGACAGCGGCUCCAUAUACGAAGAGGCCUACGAUGGACACAACUUGUCCAAACUCAACCUGUGUGACGAAGGCUCUGGAAAGCGUCGCAGGAAGCAGGACCAGUGCUGCGGUCACCUCAACUCGCUCUCAGCCAUCAAAUACGCCAUUGUUUCCCUCUACAUCCUGGUUCUUCUCACCAUCUUUGGACUCUGCCUGACAGUCUCUCGCUCCCAGGUGUCCUCGCAGCGACAGGAGGUGCUGAUGGAGAACGUCACCCGGAUGUCCGAGCGCUCUCGGCUGCUGCAGCAGAACCUGGGCGAGGCGUCCACGCAGGCCGACCUGCUGGAGAACAUCUGGAAACUGGAGAACCUCUUCCAGAACCACAGCGACUGGCUGCAGAGGCUGGAGAUCCUCAUCAAGGGCGUGGAGGUGGAGCUCAGGAGCAUCCAGGCCUACUCCCUCCAGUCCGAGGGCUACCUGGUGCAGCUGGACGACCGGUUGUCCUCCCUGAGCAGCUCCGCCACCAGGAACCUGACGGGCUUGAUCGCGGAGGUGACCAGAGCGUCCACCUGGCUCCGCGACCAGGACCGCAUGCUCCGGGAAACCUCGGGGAAGGUGAGCGGCCUGAGAGAGAAACUGGACGACGUCAACUGGACGGUGGGAGCUGUCAAUCACACCUUCAGCAAUGACAUCAGCGUCCACAACCUGAAGAUACAGGACUUACAGAUCCAGAUCAGCAACAUCACGGAGGACACCAGCAGCUUGUGGGUGACCCACGUCCACACGGAGGCCCAGCUGAGGAACGAGAUGGAGAUCCUGAACACCAUCACUGAGGACCUCCGUCUGAAGGACUGGGAGCACUCCCUCAGCCUGAAGAACCUCACCAUCCUGGAAGGGCCUCCGGGACCUAAGGGAGAUAGGGGUGACACUGGACCAUUCGCCCCUGGGGCCCCUGGCCUGACCGGCCUGAGAGGGUUCACGGGAGAAAAAGGCCUCCAGGGCCCGCGUGGCGUUAAAGGGUCGGUCGGGGUCGAAGGGGUUCAGGGAGAAAAAGGAGACGUUGGACCUGCUGGGCCUAGAGGUGACAGAGGAGAACGGGGGCCAAGGGGGGAGAAAGGGGAUCGGGGCGACCAAGGAGAUAAAACAGUGGAGGAGACCCUGGUGCGGCUGGUAAACGGGUCGGGUCCUCACGAAGGCCGCGUGGAGGUUUUCCACGAGCGCCGCUGGGGGACGGUGUGUGACGACGUCUGGGACCAGAAGGACGGGGACGUGGUCUGCAGGAUGCUGGGAUACCGAGGAGCGGCCGAGGUCCACAAGACCGGACGCUUCGGACUCGGAACUGGUCUGAUCUGGAUGGACGACGUGGCGUGUACUGGGACGGAGGACACCAUCCACCAGUGCAACUUUCCCGGCUGGGGCAAAACCAACUGCGGCCACGUGGAGGACGCCGGCGUCACCUGCACCGUCUAAACCACAUCGAUGCUGCUUCUUCUUCUUCUGCUGCAGCGGCGGCGGCUCAACGUCUCCUCAAACUGUGCCUUCCCUUUUUUAAACCUGCUUCACGGUGAACUACGUCCACCUGGUGAAGCCACACGACUGACUCAAAGACUAAAUUCUGGUUUUUAUCGACUGCGUAGUGAGAGAUUUGACUGAGUCUUCAUCAGACUGGAACCCCGGACCUUUGACCUUUGAAGGGUCAAGGUCAGCUUUUUGUGAAGUUGCCCUCAGAGGCUGAUCUGAGAUCGGCCGGUUGCUUUGCUUUCCCUCCAGUGUGGAGAAAAAAAAACUGAUUUGACGAUUCGCAUAUUCAAUAAGUCGUCUCCGAGCUGCUGACGAGCUGAACCGGCUCAUGAGGAAACCGAUGAGACUGUGAACUGAUGCUUCAUCUCCAGGCAGCUGCUCUUCUCCCUCUCGUGUAGAAACGGCUUUUGUGCUUCAUCAUAAUCCGUUUUUUUUCAGCCCUGAUAUCUGAGUUUAAAAAAAAAAACGCAGCUCAACAUUCUCCUGUCACGUAAUCUCUUUUCAUGUUUGAACCAUAACAUCUGUGAGUCCUUUCACCUGCUCAUCAGCAAACCACUGCUUCUCUCCGUGCUAUUAUAUCUGUAAAGAAAGUAUGAGUCUGCAGCUAACAGGGUUUUGAAAUUGGACGAGAGUCGCUGCCGUGGACAGAUGAAGUGAUUAUGAAGAAAAGAGAACAGAUGAGUAUAAACAGAUGGAUGCUGGGACGCCUGCCCUGCACAAUUUAUAACUGUGGGUCUGUCGGUGUUUACUGCCAAACUGUUGGGUUGUUUCAGUAUUAGUGCACACACACACACACACACACACACACACACACACACACGCACACACACACAGACUAAACCAACCAUAACAUAACAAGUGUUUUCUUCUAAUUUGUACUCCUCUCUCAGUGGGUUUUAAACUUUAUAGCUCCUCUCACAUCCAGCCGAGUUGGUACCUCCCAAGUGUCCUGGCUCUCGUCUCCGUCUGAGCUUCGAGAACCCACCCGACCACACGCUGGAGCAGAACAUGUGCAGGAACCUGUCUCUUCACGCAGCCAUGAUUUAUGUGCGAAGCGGGGGGGGAAUAUUUUUUAAUGCACCGUGAACUUUUCUACCCUCCACGGGCUUGUAGUUAAAUUCCCUUUGCUCUUAUGAUCUGUGGAGUCCUCGAUCAACAUGUCUCCGCCCCACUGACACAUGAAUACCGAUAUAAAUUUGACCCGUGGCCAGAAAAUGACUUUUUCUACCUCAUGUUAAAGGGCCUUGUUGGUGUUUGACGUGGUUUCUAGUUUUAUACCACGACUCUGCCAGAGAAUUCAGAUGAAAGCAUAAAAAGAGGGAAGGGGAGUCGGGGGGGGGGGAAUGAGGCGAGAAACCAGAUUUAAAAAGUCUUGUCAGAAGUUAACACAAAAGGGAAUCGUGGGUAGGACACAUGUUUGUGUUGUGUAUUUUUACGGCCGGGGGCUCGGUGCUUUCCGUCCGUCACAUUCUUGUGAACGUGAUAUCUCCAGAACAUCUUGAGAGAAUUUCUUCAGACGUGGUACAAGUGUUCACCUCUGAUCUCGAGGAUUAGCUGAUUCGACUUGCGGUCGGAGGUCAAAGGUCACGGCGGCCUCACACAACAUGUUUCUUUGGCCUCUGUAAUGUGAUAUAUCAAAUCUGCCUUCAGGGGAUUUCUUCAACGAUUUUAGUUUUUAUUUUAUUGGAUAAUACUCUAGUCUCUGUGCAAAAACAAAAAAAAUAGUGUAUAAUUCAUACCAUGUUUUAUGAUGGAGUAAGUUUUUAUGCAUGUCAACUUUACUACAGACUGUUUUUUGUAUUUUAUUAAACAAGCAUAGUUAAAAAACAUCACAACUUUUACACCUGAGACCAGAAGGAUUUUUUGUAUUAAUUUUCACUUUCUUCUGUUUGAUGUUUAAGAUUUUUCACUUUGUUCACAACGGUUUUACAAAAGCAAUAAUACUUUUAAAUGUUUGUGACUGUGACGACCGGGACUUAAAGACACCAGCGCUGUGGCUGCUGGAGAGUUCAAUGCUUCAUAUUAUUAUUAUUAUCAUAGCACUCAUUAGAGCUGAAUGUGUUAAUUAACCAAUAAGUCAAUCAGCAGAACAAUUAUUGGGAAGAGGUUUGAUCCUUUCAAAAUCAUUUCACCCAUUUUCCUCCUUCUUACAACAAUUUAAAUUGAAUAUAUUUGUAAUUUGGAUAUAAUACAUACAAAUUGCUCAGGAAAAUCAUGCUGGACUUUUAUUUUUGCAUAUUUUAUGAGCGCAAACAAUCUAUUAAAUGUUCAAAUGAUCAUAAUCUUCAAAACACCUGAAUAUACUCAAUGCCUGUCUUAACAUUUUCGGUGAACACUCAGUCAGACUGUAAUGUAUUAAUUUCUGUUUGGUAAAGCACUUGCCAGCAAUCUGAUAAUCAGUCAGUAGAGGGCACUGCUCUGAUGGGGUCAUCUUUACAAUGGGUGUUACUAAUAUCCCAUAGUGCAUUGGGGCCAUUUUAAAGCCUCCCACCUUGAAUCCGAGGUGUUUGUAAUUGGAUCUCUGAUGAAAGGGCCUCAGCCGGUGUUCAGGGGCCUGAAACACGUGAGGUCGUCUUGACUCUUGUGUUUGGUCUGUUAGUUUUGGUCUCUUGAUUAAACGAGGGCACGUGUACGUGUUCUCACAGUUCUGAAGAUUCUCAGAGCCAGAGUCUGAGUUCGGGUUCUUGUGAAGUGUUGCCAGACGGGUCCGGCCGGCACCUGGCAGUGACGCCAGCACCGACUGGGACUCCAAAGGCUUGUUUGAGGAUCAUGUUCCCGGCAGCCUCCAAAAUAUGCAGCUUGAUGUGAGGAGAGGCGGAAGUGGAGUUGUUCUGCAAAGCAUUGCUGCAAGUCGGGGGGGGGGAGAGAGUGAUGAAGAGCACCUGAAGCUCACCCUCUUCAUCUCUAGCAAUUGGUCUGACUGAAGCUUUACGAGGGCUCCCUCUUCAAGAACAGAGGAUAUCCAGGGCUAGCUCUUGUAUAUCCUGCAACCCUCAGGACUUCAGCCUUGUUUUACUUCACUCCGAUUGACUAGAGGUCGGCUUUGUGUAGAUGUAACCUUCCAUUUCUGAAGAUUGUUCAUUGACAUCAUGUAGGACCAAGUGAAAACCCUCUGAGAUGUCACCAACUGGAGAGUUUCUCUACUUAUCACCUGAUUUAUAACGUCAGUAAGUCUCUGGAGGUUCAACUCGCACGUAUAUGUAUUUCAACAGAUGUUCCUAACUGUCUAUCAGAGCUCAGGAGGUUAUGAACGGCUGUGACGGGGUUUCCUGACGCCUUAAAGCCUUAUCUUUCAAAAUAAGAGCACCUAAGUGCACUUAAAUUUCUAUUUUUUCCUCCGAAGGAUUUUUAAAGGGAUUUGUUUUCAUGUAAACUCGGUUACACUAAGACCUUUGUACUAUUUUGGCAUAACGGCUCAAAGCACUUGUGCAUAUACACGUGUGUGUCGGUGUGUGUGUGUGUGUUUGUAUUACAUUGUGCUGGUCAUAACACAUAUAAGGGCUUCAGAGUUAACCUACAGGAGUAAAUGCUUAAAUCAAACAUGAUCAUGUCAUGAAAGUACAUUUGCUUAAAGAAAUACACAACUUUUUACUUAAUGUUCUGUAGAUAUUAUGUACCACUAAAAAAUGUUGUAUAUGCACUGCUGAAAUAAUAAACUGUAGAUUUGUUUAAA